AUGUCGGAAAACCGCUCACUCCGGCGAGUCCACGUUCUCACGAGUCACAUACUCCGGUCACCUCCUCCGCCACCGAACGUCUCUCUCACGCGCGAUGUAUGCUUGCAGUACUCUCCUCCGGAGCUCAACGAGAGCUACGGAUUCGAAGUCAAAGAAAUGAGGAAACUGCUCGACGGGCACAACUUGGAGGACCGAGACUGGCUUUACGGGCUCAUGAUGCAGAGCAAUCUGUUCAGUCGGAAGGAGAGAGGAGGGAAGAUUUUCGUGUCGCCGGAUUACAAUCAGACGAUGGAGCAACAGCGCGAGAUCAGUAUGCGGCGGAUCUACUACUUGCUCGAGAAAGGGGUCUUCCAUGGAUGGUUAACGGAGUCAGGUCCUGAGGCUGAGCUCAAGAAGUUUGCUCUCUACGAAGUUUGCGCCAUUUAUGAUCAUUCCAUCAACUCCAAAAUCGGUGUUCACUUUUUGCUGUGGGGCAAUGCUAUAAAGUUAUUUGGGACUAAGCGCCACCAUGAAAAGUGGCUGAAAGACACUGAAGAGUAUCUUGUCAAGGGCUGCUUUGCAAUGACUGAGUUGGGCCAUGGAAGUAAUGUGAGGGGAAUUGAGACAGUGACUACUUAUGACUCAAGUACUGAGGAGUUUGUGAUAAAUACUCCUUGUGAAUCUGCUCAGAAGUAUUGGAUUGGUGAGGCAGCUCUUAAUGCAACCCAUGCAAUUGUGAUUUCGCAGCUUAAUGUAAACGGAACCAGCCAGGGGAUUCAUGUCUUUAUCGCCCAAAUCAGGGAUCAAGAUGGCAACAUAUGUCCAAACGUCCGCAUUGCCGACUGUGGACACAAGAUUGGUCUAAAUGGCGUUGACAAUGGCCGAAUAUGGUUUGACAAUCUUCGAAUUCCAAGAGAGAAUUUAUUGAACUCUGUUGCUGAUGUUUCAUCUGAUGGGCAGUAUGUGAGCUCAAUUAAAGAUCCUGAUCAGAGAUUUGGAGCAUUCUUGGCUCCUUUGACCUCUGGCCGUGUCACUAUUGCGUCAAUAGCAAUUUAUUCUGCAAAGGUUGGUUUAGCUAUUGCUAUAAGGUACUCACUAUCGAGAAGAGCCUUCACUGUUGCAGCCAAUGGUCCUGAAGUCCUCCUCCUUGACUACCCAAGCCAUCAGAGGCGAUUGCUACCGCUCCUAGCAAAGACAUAUGCUAUGAGCUUUGCUAUAAAUGACAUGAAGAUGAAAUACGUGAAGAGGACACCUGAGACCACCAAAGCCAUCCAUGUUGUUUCAAGUGGGUUCAAAGCUGUUCUCACCUGGCACAAUAUGCGAACACUUCAGGAAUGUCGUGAAGCUGUUGGAGGGCAAGGUGUGAAAACAGAAAAUGUGGUUGGUCAUUUGAAAGGCGAAUUUGAUACAAAUGUGUUCUCCUUAAGAGAGCGAGAUCUACUAGAACGGUUUACUUCUGAAGUUUCACAGCUUCAAGAUAGAGGAGAAAGCAAAGAGUUAUCCUUCCUCUUGAACCAUCAGCUUUCUGAAGAACUAAGUAAAGCUUUCACAGAAAAAGCAAUAAUGCAGACCUUUUUGGAUGCUGAGGCCAAACAACCUGCUGGCUCCAUUAAGGAUGUGCUGGGUCUUGUAAGAUCAAUGUACGCAUUGGUCAGCUUGGAGGAAGAUCCGUCGAUGCUGAGAUAUGGCUACCUCUCAAGGGAAAACGUUGGAGAUGUGAGGAGAGAAGUCUCUAAGCUAUGUGGAGAGCUUAGACCACACGCUCUUGCACUCGUCACUUCAUUUGGGAUUCCAGACGCCUUCUUGGGUCCGAUUGCCUUCAACUGGGUCGAAGCCAACGCUUGGUCUUCUGUUUAA